GACGCAGUGCUUCAACGGACGACCGACCCCUUAUCGGCCAUCAAUCACCCAUUCCUUCAAACAAGAGAGAUUCUUUCCCAUCAAUCGUCGCUCUGCCUUCUGCCAUCGACUGGGCCUCGCCGCAGACGCACAAGCAACAACUUCUUCUUUUUAAUAGAUUCCCACAAUCUUCGUCUGCGAAAACAAAAGAAAAUUUCCCGCCCUUCGAAUCUGCCACGACCACCCGUACCGUACACUCCGGUCAAGCCUCCGUGGUCCCGAGAUACGAAUUUUCCAAAGUUUCAACGUCCUCAUCCCUUUCGUCUCCCGACUCGAGCGAUUCGACACUCUGCUGACGCACCUCGAGCUGUCGCAUUCCGUCAUUGGCCUCACAGUCGCCUACGAAGGAAUAGGGGAAUUUGACGCACGCAACGAUACAUUCGAAUACACCUUCCUACCAUCUCUUGUGCCAGAUUCGAGAGAUAUUUGGUGGACGAUAAUCUAUAAUGUCAUCUGCAAGAUCCGAACACCUCACCUUGGGUUAUUUGCCGACUCCAGCCACGAGUCUGCCUCGUUCCGGAUCUUCGACCGCCAACACUUCACCCACAGAACCUUCCAGCGGAAGUGCAUUACGAUCACCUUUUGGAUUAUCAGGUGGUUUGAAUUCUGCAGGGAAGAUGGCCAGCAACACGCGAUCAGGGGCUGGUUCUCCAUCGCACGAGUUGGGCGGCGGUGCAAGCAGAUUGUUUUCCAAGAGAGCUCGAGAAAUCCAAGCUCAAGAAGGUCUGCCAGUGAACGUCUGGGGACCACCGACCAGCGGAAACUCCACACCACUCCGUGAAAAUAUCCCCGAAUCGCCUACCGAUGGCUUUCCUGACUUCUCACAUCUCCCCACACCCGAGAGCCUCCCAUCAACGACAAGACGAGCACGAGCUGGGACGGUCCCUUCCCGCUUCUCACCCGGAGGUGUUACCAAUGGUCUCGGAGCUCUUCCCUCACUCGUAGCCAAAACCUCGAGACCAACACCGUCACCAAGUCCAUUCAAAUCACCAUCACCAUCCUCAAUCGGCGAGAUUGGUGAUAUCAAUGCCUCCAAUGCCAGCAAUUCUGCUUUACUAUCAAGAUUACGAGCUGGGUCAAUGCCACAACGCAGCCAAUAUUCAGUCGCCGGACCAUUCGGACCCUCAGUAUUUUCCACAAAUUGGGCUUCGGGUCGUGAACGAACUUCUACUCUAGCUAGCAUCGCCAGCCAGGGUUCGAACCAACCCAGCUCUCCUGCACAAUCACAAUUUUCUCGAGAGGGAACCGGUGACAAUGAUAUGCAGAUGCGAACACUAGACUACUUAGGUCUGGCAGAUACUCCACAACCUCCGCGAGCACAAUUGGCAAACCCUUUCCUGGCAAAUAUCGCAGACAUCAGCAAAUCUAACAGAUUCCGAUCGUAUUCCGUCAAUGCCAAGGAGAAGUAUGCUGAGGACGAAGAGGAGGAGUAUGGAACUGGCAACUUGACACCAUACGAAGCACAACAGGCCCAACUCCACAUGCAACUGGCUGCCACAAAUGCUGCUAUUCAACAGCAUAACCUUGCCGUCCAGGCUUUUGCUAAUCAAGCCUCGUCCAAUAGACCUAGAGCUAGAACAGCAGGUGUUCUCGAUUCACCAGCAAGAAUGAUGAAGCAAUUCUAUCCGACUGGAACUAGACUUGACAACAGCCUCAAUGCUGCAGAUCUGGGGAUGGCAGAAUCUCGAGAGUAUGAUGACCUCCCCGCUGCUGUCGCUGCCAUGUCCAUAGGUAGAUCCACUAGUCGAAACGAUGGUCACCUUAAUCCGGAUGAUAAUCUCGAAGGACCAACCAGAGCUCUUUGGCUCGGUAGCAUUCCUUCCUCGACUACUGUUUCAACUCUGACAGAGAUGUUUAAGCAGCAUGGUGCCAUCAUCUCCGCUCGCGUUCUCACACACAAAAACUGUGGUUUCGUCAAUUUCGAACGUCUGGAAAGUGCAAUUUCAGCGAAGGUUAUGAUGAAUGGAAAAGAGAUUUUCCCUGGAGCUGGACCUGUUCGUAUCAACUUUGCCAAACCUCCCUCUCCUUCAGGAACUCCCGGUCACGAUGGGACAUUCCCAUCGCCCAGUCCAGAUCCAUUCAUGAAGGGUGGCGAGAAUGGCACGAACGGCGAUGCCAAUGGCGUCAGUCCAGGUGUCAUCUCGAGACCUGGCACUGCUCCUUUGGCCAUCCCAGCUCUGCGAGACAUGAAAUCCGACAUCUUGAACAUUGUUGGUGAAUUUGGUGCUACCCCUGAUGAUAAGGUCAAGAUUACUCGCAGCUUGGAUGCGGCCAUCUCCUACGACGGCUUCCAAUCCGAGAUUCCAGCUAUUCAAGAACCAUCUCACAACAGAAUUCAUGAUGCACCCAAGCUUCGUGACAUCAGAAAGCGAAUCGACAAUCAAAGCUGGUCGCCUGCUGAGAUUGAAAACAUUGCAGCAGACAUGCUUCCAGAGAUUGCAGAACUCUCUUCUGACUACCUCGGAAACACGGUCGUUCAGAAGCUUUUCGAGCACUGCUCAGAUGACAUGAGAGAUGCUAUGUUGACUGAGAUCGCCCCACACAUGUCGGAGAUUGGCAUUCACAAGAACGGAACCUGGGCUGCACAGAAAAUCAUUGAUGUGUGCAAGACACCAAAGCAAAUGGGUAUGAUCGUAAACAACCUCCGUGCUUACACAGUCCCCCUCUUCCUCGACCAAUACGGCAACUACGUCCUUCAAUGUUGCUUGAAAUUUGGUUCCCCAUUCAACGACUUCAUCUUCGAGGCAAUGCUUAGCCAGAUGUGGGAGAUUGCCCAAGGACGAUAUGGAGCCCGAGCUAUGCGAGCCUGUCUCGAGAGUCACCACUCUACCAAGGAACAGCAGAGAAUGCUAGCUGCUGCGGUCGCCCUUCACAGUGUCCAGCUUGCCACAAACGCAAACGGUGCUCUCCUGCUCACAUGGUUCCUCGACACAUGCACAUUCCCCCAACGUCGUUCAGUCCUCGCACCUCAGCUUGUCCCAAAUCUUGUCCAUCUUUGCACCCAUAAAGUUGCAUAUCUCACUGUUCUUAAGGUCAUCAAUCAAAAGCUGGAAUCGGAUGCCAGAGAUACAAUUCUCCAGGCCCUGUUCUUCUCUCAGAACGACGAGACCCUUGAGGCUAUUCUGUCUGACCAUGCUUGUGGAGCCACCUUGAUCUUCAAGGUCUUAACGACACCUUUCUUCGACGAGAGCAUCCGUUCCCAAGUCGUUGAAAACGUCAGGAACGUUCUUCUCCGACUCAAGGCUCAACCUGCUCAAGGAUACAAGCGAUUGAUGGAUGAGGUUGGACUGUCUACUCGAAAUGGUAGCACCGGUCCUAGCCGUGAUCACGCCCCCAAUGGUCACUCCAAUGAACGACCAAGACCGGGUUCCAACCACAGCCAAGUCAACGGCCACAUUCCUCCCCCUCAGUAUGGCAACCAAUUCUUCCCUCAAGUUCAGCAACCUGGUUUUGAUAUGGGUAUGGGCAUGCAACGAACCGAUAGUAUGGACUCGAAUCUUGGUCCGUUCCCUUCGUACGGUAUUCAGGCUCCGAUCUUCAAUCCAGCCAACGUCCAAAUUCCUCCCAUCAACAUGCAACAACUCCAAUACCAGCAACAACUUCUUGCUCGAGCUGCACCUCCCAUGAAUAACUUUUACCCGAACAUGCAAUCCGGCUUCGGUUAUGGUAGUGCCAGUCCUUCUGUGGAUAACUACAGAAACCAAGGACUCCAAAACUCCAGCCCGAUCCAGCCUCCUCAACCCCAGAUGAACCCCAAUUCAAUGCUCGGCCAAAAUUCAUUCGGUCCUCCGGGCUUUGGAAACAUGGGUAUGGGUGGAUACGGUUUUGCUGGUAUGGGCAUGCAAGGAAUGGGAUAUGGGAUGCAACAAGAGCAACAGGUCAAUGGUCGACGGGGACGCGUACGUUGAUUCCCAUACCAGCGGAAGGGUCAUGUCGCUAAUCAAAAUCCAGAGAUGAUUGGAUGCGAAAUAUAUACUUAGGCUUAUAUGGCCCUACUUCUCGACGCAUAAACGGAUUUAUCUUUGUUCGGGCUGUAUGAAAGGAGGUUUGUGGUUAUGGGAAAAGGAGUUUGGUCGGAUUCUCGAGGGUUCAAUUCAACCGACAAACAGAUCUUGCGAUAAGGGAUUGCCGGGAUAAAAACAUAUGUUUGUGUAUACAGUUGUGCAGGACAGGACUGAAGUGUAUGGAAAUGGGAUUGAGUUGGAUUGGUUGAUAGGUCUUAUCAUAUGAGCGGCAGACUUCUUGAGAGAAGCGUUGAGCUACAGCGGAGCGGUUUAGAGAUGGGCUGCAAUAGCGUGAGCACAGUACAGGAGUCAUGAACAUUU